AUGGGACGGACGCGCCGCGACGGCGCGGCGGCGACGACGGUAUCCGCGACGCGCCGGACGCGAGGGGAGGACGGACGCGGACGGCGAACGCGCACGCACGCGGGCGCGUACGAGGCGUUCAAGGCUGGCGUGAGCGAGGAAGACCGCGCGUCGAUCGUGGGAGAGUGGGAUAAGAUCAUGCGGUGGGCGGCGUUCGUCGAGAGCGCGCACGCGAGAAACGACGAGAGCGUCCUGAAAAGCGCGAAAAAAGUGGCCAUCAUGGGCGGAGGAAGCUUUGGGACGGCGAUGGCGACGUUGUUGGCGCGUAACAAGGGGGAUUUGGACGUGGUGAUCCUGAUGCGGAGCGAUAAAGACGCGGCGUCGCUGAACGCGGAGCACAGAAACUUGAAGUACUUGCCAAAGUACGACUUGCCGGUGAACAUUCGGGCGACGACGGACGCGCGGGAGGCGCUUUCGGGGAGCGAUUUCAUCAUUCACGCCGUGCCAGUGCAGCAAUCGCGAGCGUUCUUGUCGGGGGUUAAGGAUUUUAUCGAUCCAAAGACGCCGCUGCUGUGCCUGAGCAAGGGGUUGGAGACGGGGACGUGCGAGAUGAUGAGCGAGAUUAUACCCGCGGGUUUAGGGCGCGAUCAACCGUUAGCGGUGCUCUCCGGGCCGACGUUUGCGGUGGAGCUCAUGCAAGGGCUUCCCACGACCAUCGUCGCCGCGAGUGAAGACGAGGGUUUGGCCAUCCGAGUACAACAACUCUUUGGCUCUUCGUGCCUGCGCGUGAACACGAGCACGGACGUCACGGGCGUCGAGCUCUCGGGCGCGAUGAAAAACGUCCUGGCAAUCGCGGCCGGGAUCGUAGAGGGGCUGGAGCUCGGGAACAAUGCCAUGGCCUCGCUCGUCGCGCAGGGUGUCACUGAAAUUCGCUGGCUUGCGGGGAAAUUGGGCGCUCGUCCGGAGACGCUCGCAGGCGUGAGCGGAACCGGGGACAUCAUGCUAACGUGCUUCGUCAAUCUCAGCCGAAACCGCACGGUCGGUGUUCGUCUCGGAUCCGGUGAAUCAUUAGAGGAAAUAUUAGGGUCGAUGAGCCAGGUUGCUGAGGGGGUAGCGACGGCUGGCGCGGUGGUCCGAUUGGCGAGGAGGCAUCGCGUGAAUCUGCCCGUGCUCACCGCGGUCGCGUGCAUCUUGGAUGGAGACAUGGACGCAAAGACGGCCGUAGAUAAAAUUAUAAAUCUGCCUCAGGUUCCAGAGGUGUAG